AUGGAGGAAAAGCCUUUGAAAGUUUCAGCCUUGGUUCAAGGCAGCUCCCAGCAAUCACUCCCUUUUCAUCCCCACCCACCUCGAAGGAGUCUCCGCCCUGUCUGGGCUCAGGAUCCCCGCCCCCUCCCCAAUUCCUCUCGACCCUUGGCUUCCUUCCUUUUAUGUGGCCCACAGGCCAAGUCUUUGGGCCGCCAUGUCUCAGGCAAGUCGAGUGAACCAGACAUACGGAAUCUGUGGACCACAGCUACGCUGUCGCAGCCGAAGCUGAACGUGCCGCUGCCCAGUGUCCCCGAGGUCUCAGAACUGGAGGGCAGCAGCCUAAGCGGCAAGACUCACGGGUGGUACAAACAGAAGAAGGCCAGCCACUACUCUGACAGUAGCUGGAAAGAAACGGAUGACAAAGACAGCUUCAAGCCAGAGCAGGAUGUGCACCGCAGGAGCUCCCUGAGAAGCCAUAUAGAGGAAGGGGACGACGAUAUCAAUACCAAAGCGGAAAAGCCUUCCUCAGGGUCAUCGCUCAGUAUCUUGAAGCACACACCCCAUCGAGCCUACUGGGUGGAACAGCAGAAUAGGCUGCCCCUGCCCUUGACUGAACUCAUGGAGAAUGAAGCUCUGGAAAUCCUCACCAAAGCCCUCUGGAGCUACCGAUCGGGGAUUGGCUGGGACCACUUUCUGACCAAGCAGCUGCAGCGAUACAUCGAGCGGCUCAAGAGGCGCCAGAACAAGAGGCUGCAUGUCUCGGUGCACUGAGAGCACCACCUCGGGCUCAAGUGACCGGCAGACUCCAGCCCUGGUCCCUGUCCCCUCCCCAGACCGCAGCCCGACCCUAUCCAUGUGGAGUUUGAGCCCAAGAGGAAUAAAAGAGUCUG